GCGGCACCCGCAGGAGUGCGAGGAGGCGGCGUCGGUGCCGGUUCUUGUCCCGGUCUCCUCUCCUCCCUUCAGAACCUUCUCCCGUCGCGGCUCCUCCGCCUCAGCGGCCGUUACUCCGCCGCUUCCGGCCGCAGCCCCCCGCCAUCACCUCACCUCAGGGGCUGCGGCGGCCGCCGGGCCAUGAACUCGCUGCUCUUCGGGGAGAUGGCCCGAGCCUUCGCCCCCGGCGCCGCGGCCGCCUCCUGCCCGCUGGGGCCCGGCGCUGCCGGCGGCCCCGGGAGCACGGCCGCGGCGGGGGGGGGCCCGCCGGUAACCGCGGCUCUUCGUAACGACCUGGGCUCCAACAUCCACCUGCUGAAGGGGCUCAACGUGCGGUUCCGCUGCUUCCUGGCCAAGGUCCACGAGCUGGAGCGGCGCAACCGGCUGCUGGAGAAGCAGCUGGCGGCCCAGCAGAGCGAGCGCGACCGCCGCCUGCGCUACAAGACCUUCUCCCGCGACCAGGCCGUGCAGACCGACUCCGGUGCAUCCCCGCUGCUGCCGCCGUCGGGCCCCGGGCACGGGCUGGGCGCAGGGCCCCUCGCCUCGCCGCCUCACUACAGCCGCUUACCCGGUACUAUCUGGAGCUACACCCAGGUGCGGCGCACCGGAGGCGGCGGCUUGGAGACGGUGCAAGGGCCCGGGGUCUCCUGGAUCCAUCCGGACGGCGUCGGGGUGCAGAUCGACACCAUCACCCCCGAGAUCCGCGCCCUCUACAACGUGCUGGCCAAAGUCAAGCGGGAGCGGGACGAGUACAAGAGAAAAUGGGAAGAGGAAUUCACAAGAAGAAUGAGUCUGGAAUCUAUGGUAGAAACCUUACGAGAGGAGGCACAGGAAGCCGAAGCUCUGCAGGAGGAGUUAAAUGAAAAGAUUGAAAGACUGAAAGCAGAACUUGUGGUCUUUAAGGGUCUGAUGAGUGAUCCCAUGACAGACCUGGACACAAAGAUUCAAGAAAAGGCCAUGAAGGUGGACAUGGACAUCUGUCGGCGAAUCGAUAUCACAGCCAAGCUGUGUGAUGUAGCGCAGCAGCGCAACUCUGAAGACGUUUCCAAGAUAUUCCAGGUGGCUUCCAAGAAGAAAGAACGCAAGCUCACAUCUGAUGAUGACCUCUCUGAACAGGAUGGAGACAAUGGCAGGUUCUCUGAUGAUGAGGUCAGCUGCUCCUUGAACAUCACAGAUGAAAUGAAGCGCAUGUUUAAUCAGCUUCGUGAGACAUUCGAUUUUGAUGAUGACUGCGAUAGUUUAACAUGGGAGGAGAAUGAGGAAACGUUGCUGCUCUGGGAAGACUUCACAAACUGCAAUCCUUCCAUUGACCUCCAAGGAGAGGAAGAAAACCUGGGAAACUUGAUCCACGAAACAGAGUCUUUUUUUAAAACGAGAGACAAGGAAUACCAGGAAACAAUAGGGCAGAUAGAGCUGGAAUUGGCCACAGCCAAGAGUGACAUGAAUCGCCACCUUCAUGAAUACAUGGAAAUGUGUAGUAUGAAAAGGGGCCUGGAUGUCCAAAUGGAAACCUGUCGUAGGCUUAUCAAAGGCUCAGCUGACAGAAAUUCUCCAUCUCCCAGCUCUGUAGCCAGCAGCGACUCAGGAAACACAGAUGAAAUUCAGGAUGAGUUGGACAGAGAGACGGAUGUGGAGCCCAUGGUCACCUGAUACAUAGCUGGAGCAUUCCAGGGCAAGGGAAGACACAAGAAACGAUUAUAAAAGAAUACACUGAUGUGGGGGAAGAUAACAAUAAGACUCGUAAGCCCUCACACAGGGUUUCUAAGGACUCAUUCCUACACGCAUCCCCACCCCACGCAAGGAUUGGUGCUGUAAAUUUCUAUUGUUCUACAAAUCGUAAAUGCAGAGUCCUGUAAGAAAA